CUACUCCCACUAUAAAUACUCUUCUUCAUCAUCAUCAUCAUCAAACAUCUUCUUCCAGACUCCAUUGUUGAACAUCAUGAAGCUUUCUCCAUUUACAGUCGUUAUCAUCAUCGCUCUUCUCUUCACCUCCGCCAUCGCAAUUUCUCCAUCCGCCGCUCCAAGUGGAUUUGGAUGCGAUAACAAAUGCGAGGUGAGGUGUUCCAGAUCGGGAUGGAAAGAUCGAUGUCUGAAAUAUUGCGGGAUCUGCUGCGGAAAAUGCAAUGGUUGCGUUCCGUCGGGUCCGUACGCAAGUAAGGCACAAUGUCCGUGCUAUCGUGAUAUGAAGAACCCAAAGGGCAGAGACAAGUGCCCUUGAAUUUUUCAUGACUCGCUUUUUAUUUUUUAUUAUAUGGUUUUCGGUUACGGAUUUUAUGCGAAUAAAAAUCUCGAACCAAGAAUUCCGUACCCUUAAAAUGAUCGGUAAGUGGGACGUUAUGGUGUUUGUCUUCGAGAAAUCUUGCAUUCAGAUUCACAUGUGAUGUCGUUUGAUUUGUUUUCUAUAAGGAAAUUAUAUUUAAAGAACAUUGUUCGAGUAAAGUUUGAAGG